AGCCGGACUCUAGCUUAGCGGUCCUGGACCUGCGCCCUGGGGCUUGGGGAGCCUCGAGGCACCGCCCCCGCGGGGGAGGGCCAGAUUCACCGCAGGGGUGGGGCGGCCGCGGACGUUGGCCCCUCCUCCUGAUGUUGGUUCCAGGGUCCUCUUUCUGUCUCUUUCCCGGGACCAGCGUGUACAGACGUCCAGACCGUUAGGUUUUUACCUGUUCCGUGCCCAGGGGAUAAAUGGCGGGGAAAAAGCGAGAGGUCCAGUUACAGGCAGUCGUCAAUACUCAAAGCCUGUGGGAUGAGAUGUUGCAGAACAAAGGCCUAACAGUGAUCGACGUUUACCAAGCCUGGUGUGGACCUUGCAAAGCAAUGCAAACUUUAUUCAGAAAAUUGAAAAAUGAGCUGAACGAAGACGAACUUCUGCAUUUUGCUGUAGCAGAAGCUGACAACAUUGUGACUUUGCAGCCAUUUAGAGAUAAAUGUGAACCUGUUUUUCUCUUCAGUGUUAAUGGCAAAAUUAUUGCAAAGAUCCAUGGUGCAAAUGCACCACUUGUUAAUCAAAAAAUUAUUAACUUGGUCGAAGAGGAGAAGAAAAUUGCAGCAGGUGAAAUGAUUCGACCUCAGUAUCAUGAAAUUCUGUUUGUAGACCCAGAUGAGGAUGAUGGUGGGGAUGCACCCAGUGAAAGUGUUGAUCAACUCUACUGUAUUGCUAUUAUCAAACCUGAUGCUGUGAUUAGUAGAAAAUCUCAAGAGAUUAAACAAAAAGGAAGAAAUGUCCUUGCCUUGUCUUACAUGUGCUCCCCUCUGCGCCUGGAUCCGACUCUCUCUGUGAAGAUCAUCAAGGCAGGCUUUGUCAUAGAAAUGGAGGAUAAGAGAUUGCUCACUGAACAACAAGUAAGGGACUUCUAUCAUCGGAUAGCAGACCAGCCUGACUUUGAAGAGUUUGUCCUUUUUAUGACCAGCGGUCUGAGCCAUAUUCUAGUUGUAUCUCAAGGAAAUGAAGAACAGCCCACCCUGGGAGAAACUAGGCCCAAUCCUGAGACCGAAGAUGAAGAAAUAUAUGAGGAUCACCCUGAUGUGGUCAUACCUCCAGGGAUGAAGAAGAAGAGGGACAGCUUACAAGAAUUUCUGGAAAGACAACAUAUAUCUCAGUUUUGUGAUGUUGAAGAGACUGUAACUAAUGUUAACCAUUUCAUUGAUGUGUUCUUCCCUGAUUUUGAAAACAUGAAAAAUCUCAAAUUAGAAAAGAUCCUGGCAUUACUUUGGCCAGCUCUCUUUCAAGAAAAGAAAGAGGAUGUUUUGAAGAUUAUUGAAGAUGAAGGCUUUAAAAUACUGAUGCAAAGGCAAAUUGUAUUAUCAAAAGAGGAAGCACACACACUGUGCAAGGAAUAUGAAAAUGAAGAUUAUUUUGGAAAGCUUAUAGAAAAAAUGACCAGCGGUCCAUCUCUAGCCCUUGUUUUAGUAAGAGACCAUGGUUUACAACACUGGAAAGAGUUAAUUGGACCAAGUAGUGUUCAAAAAGCCAAAGAAUCUGUUCCAGAGAGUUUGUGCGCACGAUUUGCAAUGGAAGGUUUGCCCAUCAACCAGUUGUAUGGAAGUGAUUCAUUAGAAGCGGCCGAGAGGGACAUACAGUAUUUCUUUCCUCCUCAAAGCACUUUAGCACUGCUUAAACCUCAUUUAACACAGGAACAAAGAGAGGAGAUCCUGAAACUUAUUAGAGAGGCUGGCUUUGAAAUAACACAGAUGAAGGAAAUGCUCCUAAAUGAAGAAGAAGUAGAAAAAAUUUACUCAAAAAUAAAAGGAAAAGACUUUUAUCAAGACGUAGUAGAAAUGUUAACUGAGGGUCCGUCUUUGGUCAUGGUUCUGACCAGAUGGAAUGCUGUUUCAGACUGGAGACGAUUGAUGGGUCCCGUAGAACCAGAGGAGGCAAAACUACUGUCCCCAGACUCUAUCCGAGCCAGGUUUGGAAGAAGUGUUUUGAAAAAUGCUGUCCACGGGUCAUCUAAUACCUACGAAGCAAUGGAGAGCAUUAAUAGAAUUUUUGAAGACUUCAUUCCUGAGAAUCCUGAGAGAAACUUAAAGAUGGAAAGACCCAUCCUAAAAUUCACAUGAAAUUUCAAAGGACUCAGAAGAACCAAGACAAUCUUGAAAAACAGCAAAAUCAGAGCACUCCUACUUCCUGAUUUUAAAGUUUAUUACAAAGUGGCAAUAGUCAAAACAGUGUGGUUGUGGCAUAAGGAUAGACUGAUGGAAAAGAAUUGAGAACCUAUAAGUAAACCUUCACAUUUAUGAUUAGUUGAUGUUCAACCAGGGUACCAAGAUCAUUUAGUAAAAAGAGAACAGUGUCUUUAAUAAAUAGUAUGGAAAGACUAGAUAUCUACAUUUCAAAUAAUGAAGUUGGACUAUCACCUUACACUAUAUACAAAAAUUAAUUCAAAAUAGAUCAAAGACCUACACUGAAGAGCUAAAAUGAUAAAACUCUUAGAAGAAAACAUAGGGGAAAAUCUGAGGGACAUUGGAUUGGGCUAAAUGCUAUGCCAAAGGGACGGGCAACAAAAGAAAAAGGAGAUAACUUCGUUUUAAUCAAAAAUAAAAACUGCAUCAAAGGAAACUAUUGAGAGAGUGAGAGCACAACCCUCAGAAUGGAAGAAAAUAUUCGUAAAUUCGGUAUCUGAUAAGGACUUAAUAUCAGAAAUGGAUAAAGGGCUUGAAUAGACCUUUCUUCAAAGAAUAUCAACAAAUGGCCAACAAAUCCAAGAAAAGGUUCUCAACACAAUUAGUCAUUAGAGAAAUGUAAAUCAAAACCACAAUGAGAUACCACUUCACAGAUAGCUAGGAUGGCUACAAUAAACAAGGGAAUAUAAAAAGUGUUGGUAAGGAUGUGGAGAAAUUGCUACUCUUAUGCAUUAUGGUAGGGAUAUAAAAUGGGGGAGCUACUGUGGAUGACAGUGUCACACUUUCUCAAAAGGUUAAACAUAGAAUUACAUCUGACCCAGCAAUUCUACUCCUAGGUGUAUAUCCAAGAAAAUUGAAAACAGGAAUACAAACACUUACUUGUACACCAGUGUUUGAUAGCAGCAUAAUUCACAAUAGGUGGAAACAACCCAAGUGUCCAUCAAUGGAAGGAUAGAUAAACAAAAUAUGGUAUAUACCUACAAUGGGAUAUUAUUUAGAUGUAAAAACGAAGUAUUGACAACAUGGUACAACAUGGGGGAACCUUGAAAACAUUACAUUACGUGAAAUAAGCCAGACACAAAAGGACAAAUAUCAUAUGAUUCCACUUCUAAGAGAUACCUUGGAUAGACAAAUUCAUAGGGACAGAAAUUUGACUAGAACUUAAUAGAUACAGUUUCCUUUUAGAGUGAUGAAAAAUUUUGGGAAAAGAUUGUAAUGGUUGCAGACCAUGUGAACAUAACUAAGACCACUGAUUUGUACACUUGAAAAUAGUUAAAAUGGUAAGUUUUAUGUUAUAUAUAUUUUACCACAAUAAAAAUAUUUUUAAAAUAAAAUAAAGAAUAGUUCCUCAGGAAAGCACAGAGCUCUCUCACAGUAGAGUUCUCCAAAAGCUCUCCGAAAACUAUAUAAAAUUAGGUAUGUCUGAUAGUACAUUUAUUUUUAUUAUUUUCUUAGAUUGAGUAUAGAGCAUAUGCUUAUUUUUUUUCUUCAAGUUUUUAUUUAAAUUCCAGUUAGCAUACACUGUGAUAUGGGU